AUGAGUUGCAGGAAUGACAUGCUUAAGUUUGAUUUGGAAGAGCAGACUCUAGCUGUUAUCAAUGGGCCACCGGUUACAGAUCGUCCCCUCUGUUGUCAGAUCAUCCAGGCCGAGGCCAAAGAUGGUGCUGUUGGUUUUUCCGUUUUAUCUUACCCACGCUUACAAAUGUGGCAGGGGAUUAUGAAUAUUCCUGGUGUUGCCACAUGGGUGAUGUGGAAGACCAUUGAAAUGAACAACAUUCUUGGGCUCCCUCCUCAGAUUCAGGCAGGGUGGAGAGGGUUCGAAACCAUACUGGGAUAUUCCGAGGAUACAUAUGCUAUUUUUAUAUACGUGGACACCAGUGUCUACAUGGUUCAACUUAAAUCAAUGCAAUCCAAGAGACUUCACAAAACAAUUUAUAUCAAUGAUUACCAUCCUUUGACAGGUUUCUAUUCACCAGGAAAACUAGUGGCUGCACCCACCUUCGGUGCACCCACGAGGCACCCACGCAAGAAAACAUAA